AUGAGCAGGCUGGACACGAGGACGCUCAAGGACGAGCUGACGAGCAUGGACAGGCGGUGCCUCCUGGACCUCGGCCACCCUCUCCUCAACCGCGUCGCCGACAGCUUCAUCCGCGCCGCCGGGGUCGGGGCGGCCAGGGCCGUCUCCAGGGAGGCCUACUUCGUCACCGUCGAAGGGCUUUCAGGAGACUCGUCCGGGCUGGACCCCGACGGCGGCAAGAGGAGCCAUUUCUCCAGCAUCAGAGGUGAUGACGGCCAGAGGUCGCUGGACGCAGUGGUAAAAACGGCUGGCAAGGAGGCCUUCCAGUGGGGGUUGGCAGCCGGAGUCUACUCUGGGCUCACGUACGGCCUGAGGGAGGCCAGGGGAUGCCACGACUGGAAGAACAGCGCGAUCGCAGGUGCAAUCGCUGGGGCAGCGGUGGCGCUCACAGGUGACGCCGGCGGCCACUCCGACAAGCUCGUCCAUUUCGCCAUCACCGGCGCUGCGCUCUCCAGUGCCGCGAGCUUGCUCUCCGGCAUAUUCUGA